GGGCCCCGGGAAAACAUGCGCGGCCUCAGGCGUGCGGGGAGGGCGGCGGCCGCAGCUCUGGGAGGCCUCGUGCACCCGGCGCACCCCUGGGCGCCCCCGCCUCGCGCAGGCGCUGAGGGAGUCUGGCUACAGUGUUCUCCGUCCACCUUCUGUCUAGAAGACACUUCACCUCGAACCAUGAAUCUCGACAUUCAGUGUCAGCAGCUGAGUGACGCCCGGUGGACGGAGCUCCUGCCUCUGAUCCAGCAGUACCAGGUGGUCAGGUUGGACGACUGUGGCCUCACGGAGGUGCGGUGCAAGGACAUCUGCUCUGCCCUCCAGGCCAACCCCUCGCUGACCGAGCUGAGCCUUUGCACGAAUGAGCUGCACGAUGCCGGGGUGCGGCUGGUGCUCCAGGGCCUACAGAGCCCCAGCUGCAGGAUCCAGAAGCUCAGCCUCCGGAACUGCUGCCUGACGAACACCGGCUGCGAGGUCCUGCCCGACGCGCUGCGCUCCCUGCCUACCCUGCGAGAGCUGCAGCUCAGCGACAACCCGCUGGGGGACGCGGGCCUGCAGCUGCUCUGCAAAGGACUCCUGGACCCCCAGUGCCACUUGGAGAAGCUUCAGCUGGAGUACUGCAACCUGACGGCCGCCAGCUGUGAGCCCCUGGCCGCAGUGCUCAGGGCCUGGAGGCACGUCAAGGAGCUUGUGGUAAGCAACAACGACAUCGGCGAGGCUGGCGUGCAGGCGCUGUGUCGGGGCCUGGUGGACUCUGCCUGCCAGCUGGAGACGCUCAAACUGGAGAACUGCGGCCUCACGCCGGCCAGCUGUAAGGACCUGUGCGGUGUCGUGGCCUCCAAGGCCUCGCUGCAGGAGCUGGACCUGGGUGACAACAAGCUGGGUGACCAGGGCAUCGCCACACUGUGCCCCGCGCUGCUGCACCCCAGCUCCCGGCUCAGGGUCCUGUGGCUCUGGGACUGUGACAUCACCACCACGGGCUGCAGAGACCUGUGCCAAGUGCUCAGGGCCAAGGAGAGCCUGAAGGAGCUGAGCCUGGCAGGCAAUGCGCUGGGGGACGAGGGUGCCCGGCUGCUGUGUGAGAGCCUGCUGGAGCCUGGAUGCCAGCUGCAGUCCCUGUGGGUGAAGUCCUGUGGCCUCACGGCCGCGUGCUGCCCCCACGUCAGCGCGAUGCUGACCCACAACAAGCACCUCGUGGAGCUGCAGAUGAGCGACAACAAGCUGGGCGACUCCGGCGUCCAGGAGCUCUGCCAGGGCCUGAGCCAGCCUAGCGCCACGCUGCGGGUGCUCUGGCUGGGGGACUGCGACGUGGCCAACGGCGGCUGCAACAGCCUGGCCUCGCUCCUGGUGGUCAACCGCAGCCUGCGGGAGCUGGACCUCAGCAACAACUGCAUGGACGACCGGGGCAUCCUUCGGCUGAUGGAGAGCCUGGAGCGGCCUGACUGUGCGCUGGAGCAGCUGGUCCUGUACGACAUCUACUGGACGCAGCAGACUGAGGACCUCCUUCGGGCCCUGGGAGAACGCAAGCCAGGCCUGCGGAUUAUCUCCUGAGAGGCCUCCUGCCCCUCCCCCUCCGGACCUCCUGGCUGAGAAUGAAGAGAAGGGUUCAAAUCGAUGGACUUCUGUGGGAAAGUUUCAGACACUUUUAUUAAAGCACUUUUUUUGGCA